AUGGUUCAACCCAAAGAUGUUGUCUUCAAACCUUUUCAACACAAGUUUCUUUUGAAGUUUUUCGACGGAACUACUGUUGGCGAUAGAAACAAACAUUUAAUCCUUGACAAAGUUGUCGAAGUGACUCCGUUCUGUGACAUUAUUUCAGAAAAAUGGAAGAGGGAUGGAUUGAUAGACUGGUGGCAAAAAACAGCAGGUCAACAUUGUCUUGAAAGACUUGGGUUUAUCAAAUACAAUCAAAGCAAAACGGAUGCCUCCUUUUCAACUGUUGUUUUCCUGCAAUACGCAAAAGUCAAAGAAGAAGGACAAAAUUUUCCAUUGUCUGUUUCAAACACCUAUAAUGUUACUAAGUUGUAUAUAAACGAUGAUUUGAAAGCAAUAAAAGACUUCAUGAAUAUUUGCCAACAUUGGCAAGCUGAUUGCAUCCAAGUACAGUUGGUAAUAUCAAGCAUGCCAUCAGUGCCCUAA